AUGAGACGAGUCAAGAGGUGGCAAAAGUGGCAGAGUGCCGAUACCCUACCGUGGGGCUCAACAACAGCCAAUCCAAUCACAACCGAGAUGCGGCGACCAGGAAAAGAAGCUUGGAAGCUAGGUCGCUCGGCCUCUGGCAAGAAGAAGUUGCCCCUGGUUCCGCUCGUUCUAGCAAUCUUGUCCGGGACACUUUUCCUACUUGUCCUCCUGGGGUGGGAUCCGCUUGGCGUCUUUCCAAAGGGUAAAGUUCCUCAAGUUGCUCAGAAGGUAGCCAGGACGCUGCCUGUGAACCCGGCGGAACAGUUUGCUCAUCAGCAGGCGGCUGGGGCAUCAGACUCAGGAACUCAUGGCCAGGCCUCGGAAGCAAUUAGCACAGCGUUGAGCCUUCCCGUCACCGAAGCAGACUCGUACGACGGUCCCAAGCACAUCUGGACCCGGCAAAUAGUCGAUCAGAUCUCUCUUGGCCGACUGUAUGUGGCGAUUGCGAGGGAGAGCACAAAUUACCACCUAGCUCUAGAAUUCAGCAACCAAGUGAAGGCAUGCCAGGCGCUUUUGGAGGAAGCGAAGAAGAGCAGGCGUCCCGUCAAGAAAGGGGAAGCGCAGGCGGCGGUGCAGGAGAUGAGCAAGCUGACGUGGCAGGCUCGGGUGCUGCGAUAUGACCCCGCUACGGUGCUCAUGAAGCUCAAAGCGCAGAUUCAGAGCACCGAGGAGAAGCUCCAGUCGUACAGCGUCCAGAGCACCUUCUACGGCCAGCUGGCGGCGGAGGCGAUCCCGAAGAGCCUGCACUGCCUGGGGAUGCGGCUGACGUCAGAGUGGGGCGCCAAGACGGACGAGCUGCAGCGGGCGCUGGAGGAAGCGAGCCACCCGGAGCGGCUCGAGGACACCGGCCUGCACCACUUCUGCAUCUUCUCGGACAACGUGCUGGCAGUGUCCGUGGUCGUCCGGUCGACCAUCGCGUCUGCUGCCGAGCCCGCGCGCUGCGUCUUCCACGUCGUCACGGACGAGAUGAACUUUGGCGCCAUGCGCGCGUGGUUCGCGCUCAACCCGCCGACCCCCGCGGCCGUCCAGGUCCAGAACAUCGCGUCCUUCUCGUGGCUGAACGCCGACUACUCCCCCGUCAUGCGCCAGCUGCAGGACGCCGCGACGCAGAGCUACUACUUCCAGGCGUCGCUCAAGGAGUCCAAGAACACGAUCAAGUUCCGCAACCCCAAGUAUUUAUCCAUGCUCAACCACAUCCGUUUUUAUAUCCCCGAGAUAUACCCCCGGCUGGAGAAGAUUGUGUUUCUGGACGACGACGUGGUGGUGCAGAAAGACCUGGGGCCGCUGUUCGAGAUGGACCUGGGGGGGAACGUGAUCGGCGCCGUGGAGACGUGUCUCGAUUCCGGGUUCCAUCGGUACCACAAGUAUCUGAACUUCUCGGACUCGCGCCUGAAGGACAACUUCGAUCCGAAUGCGUGCGGCUGGGCGUUCGGAAUGAACGUCUUCGACUUGAAGCGGUGGAAAGAGGUGGACAUCACCAAGAUUUACCACUACUGGCAAGAUCAGAACAAGGACCGGUUGCUGUGGAAGCUUGGCACUCUUCCGCCGGGCCUCCUCACGUUUUACGACAAGAUGCAACCGUUAGAUAGAUCCUGGCACGUGCUCGGGCUCGGUUACGAUUUCAACGUUGAUAGCAAAGCGGUAGAAAAUGCUGCAGUGUUGCAUUACAACGGAAACAUGAAGCCUUGGUUGAAACUAGCUUUAGAAAGGUACAAGCCGAUUUGGACAAGACAUGUUGACUUUAGUCAACCAUUUAUUCAGGAAUGUAACGUGCACUGACGUACAGUAGCUCACAGCAAUAAGUUUAAGAGAGCAACAGACAGCCUGUUCAGAAUUAUUACAAUCAAGGGCCUUUCAAUCAGUUUCUUAGUAUUCCUACUUUCCUUAUGCAAGCA